AUGCGAGCGAAGAAGACAAAUUCUAUCAAAGCCAAAAAGAAGGUAACUCCAAUCAAAAUCAAUACGAAGAUACUUCCUACUGUCCCAUCAAAAAUCAAAAAAUCACACCGUUGCUCUAAACUACUGAUAUUAGUUUCACUCAUUGUCUGUGUCGCAAUUGCUGCAGCUGUCGGCGGAAUAGUAACUGCUAUUGUCCUUACUCAAUUACAGCAGUCGGCGACGUCAACCAUAACGACAGGAGUGACAUCAACUACCGGAUCAAAUAGUACAACGAUAUCAACAAUACCAAGCAACAGUUCUUCUGUUGGUUCUACAACUGUUGCAACCACAAUCGGCUCUACAACUGUUGCAACCACGAUCGGCUCUACAACUGUUGCAACCACGAUCGGCUCUACAACUGUUGCAACCACGACCGGCUCUACAGCUUCUGCUGGUUCAACAACAACUGGUUGCCCCACAAAUGUUUGUACCUAUUCGACCUGGUAUACAAUGACAUCAGGAGGCAACUAUGGUGUUGAACAUGUCAAUAUCAAUUGUACUCAAACUCUAUCAAAUUUUACUGCGCAAAUUGUUGUUAAAACUAAUAUGGGUGCUACUUUUGCCAAUGAAUACAAUACAUUCUGGUCGAAUACAGUAAUACAAACGCAAACCCAUUCAAGCUCGCAAAUUACCUACAUCUGGUCAAUUAUUGCUGGGCAAACGAUUUCAGGCAGUGGAUUUCCAUAUUUUGUAGAAGCACAAUUUCAAUUGUACGGCCAGAAUCAAACAGUCAGCAAUGAUACAUAUUCGAUUCAAACAGUGGCCGCAUGUAAUGGUCAAGUACUCACUCAAACAGGACAUUUUUAA